GAAUAAGUGAACGCAACACGUAUCCGGUGGGACUCCGCUCCUGAGUGAGAACCAGCAGGAGUUGGGAGUUGGGAGUGAGGGGGCUGCAAGGCGAGGGAGAGGAGCCGUGAACAGGAUAGCAACCGGAGGAGAGAGAGAGAGAGAAAGGAGAAAGAAAAACAACAACAACAACAACAGGAAAGCUUGGACAUUUUCCCCGCAUCCGCGCGUUAACGAAACAACAGAAAAAACGGAAUAAUGAGGAACAUUUGGAUAAUUUUGACCCUCGGCUUAACGGCGCUCCUCUCCGGGGAAAGGAUAGCAGAAGCAGCCAAACCCUCCUCUCAGGCUGAUGACUUGUACCUGGAUGACACAGGCUCAGGGGGCUAUUACCCUGAAGAUGACGACGACUUCAACUCAGGCUCUGGCUCAGGUGGAGGUGUGGAAGUGGUGGAGGAGACGGUCACCGUCAGCAUGGUGUACAUCGAGCCCAAAGCAGCAGAACCCACCCAGGACUCCACCAAAUUCACGCCAAGGGUGGAGACCGCCACUGUCAGAGAUACGACCGGAGGCAACACACCCAAGAAACCACUCAGAACAGAAGCUCCAGUACUAGCCACAGAGGACAUGCGUAAGAACCAGAUGACCAGCACCACCAGUGCCCCUGGCUCACCCCAGGAGCCCAUCGAGGUGCACUCUGAAAACCUCUUCCAGAGGACAGAGGUGUUGGCAGCUGUAAUCGCGGGUGGAGUGAUCGGCUUCCUCUUUGCCAUCUUCCUCAUCCUCCUCCUGGUGUACCGCAUGAGGAAGAAGGACGAAGGUAGCUACGACCUGGGGGAGAGGAAGCCCUCCGGCGCAGCCUAUCAGAAGGCCCCAACCAAGGAGUUUUAUGCAUAAACCCCUGCCUUCCCACCACCACACUGACAAAUCCCCAGUGACUGUCGACCGGCAGUACACAUCAACAAAAAACAAAAAAACAAACCUGUUUUAAUGCAACAAGAAACAACUACAUCAAAAAGUUAUAAAGUUGAGUGAGGCAAAAUAGCAUAAAUGAAAGCUUUUGCAUAGAGUAUUGUAAUUAAGACCUUUUCUUUCUUCUUUUUUUUUAAAUGAAAGCCAAGCUUUGCUUAUUUUAUGGCAAAUCUCAGUGUAUUUAAACAUUUUGUGUAUUAUUUGAAAAGGCUGAAAAAAAAAAAAAAAACAACAAAUACAGGAUCUGUAAAGGCGAGGAAACCGAUCGCAUCUGUCUUCUGUCAAAGGAGCUGUUUUUAGUCGCUGACUACUUUUUAACUGUAGCAGUAUGUUAUUUGUAAAGAAAAAUUUAAAAGUGGAAAUAAUUGAAAAUAAUUAUUCUGUAUUGAUCCUACUUUCUUUUUUUUUCUCUUUUUAUUUUGUCCUAGCAUGUCUGAUGUUGAUCUCUAAAGGUGUAUUUCAUUAAUUUAUCUUUUCUCUGAUGUUUAAAAAAAAUGCCUUUGUAGUUUUGAUGAAGCUCUUUAGUCUUCAUAUUAACGCUGAUAACGGUCAAUGUAAAUGUUCUCCCUUCAGGUUACAAUGUUUAUUUUUUAUUUUUUUUUUUUUUUUUUUUUUGCUCUCACAUUGGUUUUUAGUUAAACGUGAGCAUUUCAUUAUGUAUUGUUUAUUUGUUUGCUUUCUUUUCAAUGUAGCCCUCGCUCUGAAAACAGCAUUUCUUUUCUGCACCAUUAUUAUUCUCAUACCCAGGAAUUGGUCUUAAAAAGGCUAAGAUGUGUCAGGGCUCAAGAAAUAUCCCACGGCUCACUUCUACUUGAUAUCUUGUGGACAUUUUUCUUACUUUUUUUCCUCCAUUUUUAACUGCAGUGGAUUUUACUCAUACAUCCACUGUAUUGCUUUCCCCCGCUGGUUUCAUGGAGCUCUGGAUGGAUGUAGUGUUUAUCGAGGGUUUUGUUUUUUUGUUUUUCUUUUGAGGGAUUUUGGCCCUUAGACACCCCUCGAUGUGUCCCCUUCUGUUUACUCUGACUGCCUCCUCCUCUAUACCCAGAUCUCCCUUGUUCUCCCCCUCUUUCUAACCAGUCUGGAGCGAGGCCAGUUCAGUUGUUGGUCCCCCUCCUCUUUUUCUCACUCAGCUGUUUGGAGCUACCCGGGGUAGCUUGUGAGCGAGCCGGUCCGCCCGCCCAGCGCCUGGUGUUAUUGUCAGCGAGAAUGCACCGGGCCCAGAGAGCCUCUCGGUUGAGGGCCUUGGCCCCCCCGCUAUCCCGCUGGUGCCUGGGCGCAAACACGCAACCAGGCCCCGCUCUGUUGUUCCAGCACCCCACGCUGGGACUCGCCAGCCUCGCGAAGCCAGCCCAAGUCUCGCGAGCUCAGUUUUCACGAUGAGAGAUUUUGCGUUUGGGAAAGCGUCCGCCCGGGAUCCAUUGAGCCCGGCCGCUGGAAGCUGGCUCAGUCAGGAAACUGUGGAGCGGCUUAGCUACUGCCGGAAAACAAGCGGUGCCCUGUUCUGAAAACUACAACAAUGGCUACGCUAGGAGAGGUUAGCAAUGAUGCUGCUUUAGAAUUAGUUUUAUCAAAGACAUUUACAACGCCAUCAAGAAACGUGCAGACAAAAUAACGAGCCACGUCGACUAACCUGCUAUAUCGCUAGCGGCGUUCGCCGUAGCAGCGUGUAGGAAUGUGGCGCUCUGGUUGUGCGUCAUGGGGUUUGCGACUCUGACUGGUUAAAGGCUGAUUCAAUUACCCGCAGAGUAAUUAUGGUCUAUACCCAUCGACAACGUCCCUAAUACAAACAAACGCCUACUGAGCCUUGUCAGACCACAAUGAGCAAAGCAAAAUGUGUGGGCUGGCUUUUCGAGGCUACCGGGACUCCUUUGUGGAGACAAAAUGGCUUUCAUGCAGAUUCCCUACUGAAUGACGAAUAAGGCUAAACUGUAUAUGGAAGACCUGGGUGCUUAGUGACGGUCAGUAAGAUAUUGUCUUUGGCAAGGCGUUAACUUUGAGGUCUGCUUCAAGCGUCUAGAGUUUUUGUGGUCGAUUCUUUGCAUUUGAAUGAAGCUUUGCAUCAGUAUGUGUUUGCAGCCUGUAAUUUUGCACGUGGCACGUCGUCCCCAUUUAUCGUCAAUUAGCGAGGAUCUGUGGAGAGAAUAAGGUUGUCAACCUGGUGUAAAAGUUACACAUCGGAUCGUUUUAACUUAUGCCGUUUUCCAUCCCCAAUCCAGCCGGACGUAAUGUACAGGCACAAAAUGGCUGCCAUCAAAUUGGACAGGCAAAUGAAGCUUUGAUAUUUAGUGAAAGCAAAUGGUAUGAACACAUACAUAACGACCUCUUUGUUUUAAUGUAUGUCAACUUUACACAAACAUGCCAUCUCAAACCAGACAGGAGUUAUGUCCGGCAGGCUGUAAAGUUGCCUUUUUUCCAGUUGUACAGUAAUGUGAAGUAGAUAGAUGCUGUCAUCUUCUAAACUUGCACAACCCACACACACGGCUGUAGUUUUUCCUAUCCCCUUUUCCUAUCACUUCACCUCCUCUCUUCCCUUCUCCCUCCUUCUGUCCUGCGGCGCCAACCCUAUACCCCCCAACCCUGUUUCUCUCAGCCUCCUCCGAGCAUUCUCCGGUACGUACUGGUACCCAAGGCACCAAGGUACUGAGUUGCAUAUGAGAAAAACCCAAAGACUCACAGUAUUUCUAUUCUUGUAAUCGUCGCAAACCCUGCUUCCACCACCUUGGCCACAUCAUGGUGUCUUUUUCUUCUUUUUUUUCCCUCUUCUUAUCAUUUUUUCUUCUUAUUAGAGACCUGACUAUUGAGUCCAAUUGCUUAUUAGUAUAUGGAAAGAUAUAUUAUAUAUAUAUAAAUAUAUAUAAAUGUAUAUUCACAAAUGUUUUAAACCUUCAAAGUGCCUACCAUUUGGAAAUGUACUUGCUCUAGGCGAGCGGGAGAAGGGCGCGUACACAAAGGAGGGGUGGAAAUGACUUGACUGGCAUUCUGUGAGCACAGAUGACUGUAAUGGUAACUUUUUUUUAGUCUUACAAAAGCUGACAGUAUUGUACCUAUAAGUUGAAACAACACUACUGAAUAAACAUUGUG